AUGGUAGAUCAAAUUUUAAUUGACUUCGAAGCUUCUGUUUUAGAAGCUGAGAUUAAAAUAGCUCAUUGGAAGUGUUCUCAACUUGUAGAUACUAUUAAAUGUAUAGAAGAAGAAUUAUUAUCUCUGUUACCAAAUUCGCCGGAUUAUGUAACUAACGUUCUUAGCCUCUCUCCGAAGUUUGGAGUAGAACUAGAUAUAACGGAGAUUCCUAUCUUAACGAUCUUUAAGGAUCUGGAGUUCGGGGUUUCAAGGAUCAAGGUCCAGGGUGCGGAUGCUAAGGAAUUAGAAGUAGUUAAGAACAAUGUGAGGCUGAGGGCACUAAAUUCUAUCAUGAACCUUUACAACAGUGGAGGGAAUAAAUCGAAGGAUCGAGCAGAUUUUUGUUUGAAAAAGGAUCUGAUGAAUAUUAGAAAGUUUUUGUCGGAACAUAAAGAUUUGUUGGUUAUGCGGCCUGAUAAAGGUGAUGCAACUGUUCUGAUGAAUGAGAUGGAGUAUAAGAGAGCUAUGAAUGAGUUGGUGAAUGAUCCAGCUCUUUAUAAAAAGGUGAAGACAUACCCGACGAAUAAAUAA